AUGGCGACAGGAAGCACAAUACGCCUCACGCGUGGCGAAUGGCCGGUGUAUUACAGACCUGGCAUCAUCGAGGAGUCUGCACAGAAAGCUAGCGGGCUGCUGCAGACAAAUCACGACAAUUACCAUAUCUUCUUCAAUCCCGAAGGAUUCCAUAAUCAUAUCGCCCACCACCUGCUGACGAUCUAUGCGCUGAGAGCCGGAGCGGGCGAUAUUCAAAAGGCCUACGAAGUGAACAAGGGCUACCAACGCGAGCAAGGACCGUCUGACCAUGAUGUGGUCUCGGAAAUGAGAGAUCCUGCCACAUUCUCUUCGUAUUUGGGCCGCCAAGAGCACUACGCAAACUUUCUGCAGUUUUUCCGCAGCGAGAUAGAUAGCAACGGGUGGCAGAACGUUGUAAACAAGUACAUCUUCGCUCGGACUGACAGAGCCGACGACCUUCUCUGUCGAGCUUUCGCAGGCUUUCUGCACCCAUUGAUUCAUUUAGGCUUUGGAAUUGAAUUCAAGCAGCCGGCUGUAAUCGCGGAAGCAUUGGCACAAGCUGCCGUUCAUGGGCCCUACAUGUCCAAGUUUUUGCUUCCUGCAGAGGCUGCCGCUCAGAAGCACACCGACAAGCCUUCUAGAAAUAUAGUCGAGCUGCUUGAUGAGAUACACGCAGACGAGGGGCUCCUCGCAGCACCAAAGUGGUCCGACGGCAAUAAGCUACGAGACGGUAUCAUUGGGCGAGGGGCAGACCAAAUGAUCAACUAUGCGUCGCAAUUCCACGUGGAGCCAGAUGAGCUGGAGCGCAAGACGGCUGAAAUGACAAACGCCGCUGUGUACUACACCGCCGGCAGUCAGCGGCCGGACAAGAAGAUAAUGUACGACUUCUACUACAUGCAUUGCGUCAACUGCUCCGUCUUCUUCUCGGCCUUUUUGCAGCAGCCUUGGCUCGGCACAGGGAACAAGAUCCGCCUCCUUGAAUGGAAAGUGCGCAACGACCUUGCCAUGUAUGCUUCACGCAAAAGUCCAGAGAUUCGGCUGGACGAGAUCAGAAAGAAUAAGCCAAACAAGCCUUCUGGCUGGGACGGUGUUGAGGACCGAGCGGCUACCUUCGAAGAUGAUGGACACACCUCAAAGCUCAUAAGAGCACUUGCACACGGAGCACAGAUAUGCAAGCCUUAUGAAGAUUCAUCCGAGUUUCGCGUGAAGAGCAGCGACUGGCUUCCCAUUGCCCACACCGUGCUGGACUCGGUGGAAGCCGGAGAACCACAUUGGGUACGUUCUGCUGGUUUCGAUGAAGCAUGGGAGAAGAUCCCUGCUCGUGCGCAGCUAUGA